UAAAGGGGAAGUGAGCGGUCUCCCGGGCGGACGCGCGGGGCGGCGGUCGGCUAGGGACGCGCCCGGCGCUUCAAAAUAAUGCCCGCGGCGGCCGCGCGACCAUGCAAUGGCGAGCGCUCGUCCUGGGGCUGGUGCUGCUGCGCCUCGGCCUCCACGCAGUGCUCUGGUUGGUCUUCGGGCUGGGGCCCAGCAUGGGCUUCUACCAGCGCUUUCCGCUCAGCUUCGGCUUCCAGCGCUUGAGGGACCCCGACGGCUCGGAGCCAGUGGGUCCGCCCGGGGGUCCGGCCUGGCUGCAUCGGCCAAGGCGCGGGACGGAGGGGCGGCUCGAGACCCCGCGGGGCCCGGAGCCGGGGCCGGGGCCGGGGCCGGGGCCCGGCGUGUGUGGCGCGGCGCACUGGGGCUAUGCUCUGGGCGGCCGCGGCUGCGGCCCGGACGAGUACGAGCGGCGCUACAGCGGCGCCUUCCCGCCGCAGCUGCGUGCCCAGAUGCGCGACCUGGCGCGGGGCAUGUUCGUCUUCGGCUACGACAACUACAUGGCGCACGCCUUCCCGCAGGACGAGCUCAACCCCAUCCACUGCCGCGGCCGGGGGCCGGACCGCGGAGAUCCUUCAAAUCUGAACAUCAAUGAUGUCCUAGGGAAUUACUCCCUGACUCUUGUUGAUGCCUUGGAUACACUUGCAAUAAUGGGAAAUUCCUCUGAGUUCCAGAAAGCAGUCAAGUUAGUGAUCAACACUGUUUCAUUUGACAAAGAUUCCACCGUUCAAGUCUUUGAGGCUACGAUAAGGGUUCUAGGAAGCCUUCUGUCAGCUCACAGAAUAAUAACUGACUCCAAACAGCCCUUUGGUGAUAUGACAAUUGAGGAUUAUGAUAAUGAAUUGUUGUACAUGGCCCAUGACCUGGCUGUGCGGCUCCUGCCAGCUUUUGAAAACACCAAGACAGGGAUCCCCUAUCCUCGGGUGAAUUUGAAGACGGGUGUUCCUCCUGACAGCAAUAAUGAAACCUGCACGGCGGGAGCAGGGUCUCUCCUGGUGGAAUUUGGGAUUUUGAGCCGGCUGCUGGGGGAUUCUACUUUUGAGUGGGUCGCUAGACGAGCCGUGAAAGCCCUCUGGAACCUUCGGAGCAACGAUACAGGAUUACUAGGCAAUGUUGUGAACAUCCAGACAGGCCAUUGGGUUGGAAAGCAGAGUGGCUUGGGUGCUGGGCUGGAUUCCUUCUACGAAUACCUCUUGAAAUCUUACAUCCUUUUUGGAGAAAAAGAAGACCUAGAGAUGUUUAAUGCUGCGUAUCAGAGCAUCCAGAGCUACCUGCGAAGAGGCUUCACCUGUGCUCUUUGGAUCCACAGCCGGGAAGCCUGCAAUGAAGGGGAAGGAGACCCGCCACUCUAUGUCAACGUGAACAUGUUCAGUGGGCAGCUCAUGAACACAUGGAUUGACUCUCUUCAGGCCUUCUUUCCUGGACUGCAGGUCCUGAUAGGGGAUGUGGAAGACGCCAUCUGCCUGCAUGCCUUCUACUAUGCCAUAUGGAAGCGGUACGGGGCCCUCCCUGAGCGCUAUAACUGGCAGCUCCAGGCCCCUGACGUUCUCUUCUACCCUUUGAGACCAGAGCUAGUGGAGUCCACAUAUCUCCUCUACCAGGCAACCAAGAAUCCCUUCUACCUCCAUGUAGGAAUGGACAUUCUGCAGAGUCUGGAAAAAUACACAAAAGUCAAAUGUGGUUACGCCACGCUGCAUCACGUCAUAGACAAGUCUAAAGAGGACCGGAUGGAGAGCUUCUUUCUCAGUGAGACUUGCAAAUACUUGUAUCUGCUGUUUGACGAAGAGAAUCCAGUACACAAAUCUGGAACCAGAUACAUGUUUACAACAGAGGGCCACAUCAUCUCUGUGGACAAACGUCUUCGGGAAUUGCCUUGGAAAGAAUUCUUCUCUGCAGAUGGGGAGCGGGACCAAGAGGAAAAGUUUGUGCACAGGCCUAAGUCUCAAGAGCUCAGAGUCAUUAAUUCCAGUUCUAAUUGCAAUCGUGUUCCUGAUGAGAGAAGGUACUCUCUACCCCUAAAGAGCAUCUACAUGCGCCAGAUCGACCAGAUGGUUGGCUUGAUUUGACCUGCUCACCUCAGUGUGGCCAGACCUUAAACCAAACCCAAGCAUACCAAAAUCUCCUCUGAGGUGGAAGGGGUGGAGUCUGUCCAUCUGUGAUGCUGUAGAAGUUUCUGUUCAGCUCUUACACACCUCUGGUUGAUUCUUGCACUUAGUGUUUUUUUUUUUUUUUUCUUUUUAAUAAAAUACCCCCCCCCCCUUUUUUUUUUCCCCAAAGGAUAUUAGAAAUGGGAAGCUACCUGGGGAGCUUCUUGCGAUUUGCUGAUAUUCUUAAGCACAAUGGAUGUAGCCUCCUUGGAAUGUUCUUCCCAACUUCACACAUAGAACCCCAGUCUCUGCGCUUUGCCUCCACUCGCUGUGCUGAACUACCUCUUUGCUAGAGGAUCGGGAAUGCAAUUCCUGAGCAAAGGUCCUGAGGCUCACAUGGCAUACUACUUACUGCAGUGACAGUGUCACCCUUUCUCUCCUAUGAGAUCACAGGGCUGUCAUCAAGACAGCCAGCCACAACUUUGGAUCACAUUGGGGAAAUUCACCUGUUUUAUUUACAUUUUACAGUAAUUUAUUCAGUGUUACUUGUCUUAGUGUAAUGGUCUAGCCAGAGAUCUGACUGGCAGCCUCUGAAGUUAAGUCAAAGUCUAAGAGAUUAACUCAUAGAUCUUUUGUACUGUAUUUAGCAUUUAUUUUGAACAUGAACGUACCUGAAGAACUCCCAUGGUUCCAGAACCAGGUGCCUUCUAGGGAGAGGAAAACCCUAGGAUUGUGUGAGCUUCCAUCCUUCACGUUUCAUAACCAAGAAUGCUCAAUGCUGACAUCUUCGGGUUAGACUUCUGUUUUUGUUGGCUUAUGUGUAGUGCCAAUUAGCUAAUCAGGGACAAAGAAAUGAUCAGAUGACUUUCUGACAUCCUUGAGCCAUUUCUGUGUGAUAUGGGCUUUAGAUUAGUGCCUUAUGGGUUUAUGUUUGGGCCAUCGGCUGUCACAGCCACUGCUAUGGACAGCUUGUUUUAUAUUGCCAUAUGGUGGACCAAUAAGGAGCAGGGUAGGAGUGAGGAAGAGUUCUGGAAAUCAGUUUGCCAAUCUUUGCCUUUUAACCUGUGAUUUUAGCCAGGUGUAAAGGAGGAAAUUAUGUGAAGAUGCUUUUUGUUGUUUCCUUAGGUGAAAUAGAAAGCUCUCUGAAUUUGCACAGACUGUCCCUAAAAAGCAGACUUGGGCCUGGCUCCCAGCUUGGUUCCCUUGCAUUGUGACAGGUUGAAAAGCAUCCUAGGCAAAGGGGGGGGGCAGGGGGGGAGUCUAUGAGAAAGCUGGUCCAACCUCACCUAUCUUAUGUCUUCCCUCUGCACUGUUAACACACACUGAAAAGUACUUCAUUCCAGUCUCCUGGAGCCAGGAAAAAAGCCUCACCUGAAUCAUUGGAUUUUCAGUCAAAAGGGAGAAAUUAUAUUCUUUCUUCAAAAUUGUGGUACUGUUUUGAAAAUAGAUCUAUUAUUCAGUUUCUUGGCAUUUUUAGAAAGGGGGCUUCAGUAGUCUGUGUCACCUUCUAAACACUUACUAUGCAAUUGGUUUUAUUUAUUUGUUAAGAAUAUUGAGUGUUUCUGUUUUUCUUUUUGAUUUCACGGGCAUGGCUCUGUGUAUCCACAGUCUCACCUACUGAAUUCAAAGCGCUCUCCGCGAAGAUUGUCUGUUUUACAUGUCUUUGUUCACUCAGUAAAACUGUUAAGCGUGCACACGCAGGUGUGUGCGCCUCCCUUUUCACCCCUGCGACAGGAAAAUUCAUGUGUGACUGUGAAUGACCCACUAGGGAGAGAGAAGACUUGUCAGGGAAGCAAGUGCGUUCUUGAUGCUUCUCUUUACCGUCUUCCCCAUCUCUGUCUGGUUUCUGUGGCAACAGUAGUUUAUGUCGGCACCCAACAGUCCUCUCUCAGCUGGGCUCUUUAUCUGUCACUCUUGAACAAGCUUGGGCUAUUUCUUCUUUCUGUGCUCUUGGAAUAGCGAUCUGUGUCUGGAAGCCUUGAGUGCUACAGUGAGUCUCAGGGGUACAGGCAGACAUGCAGUGUAUUUUAGUAACUCAAACACUCUUGACUUUUGGGUACUGGAUUAUUCACCUUUUGACAAGGCUGAGGGUGAGUAAGAUAAUUUCUAGACUUCUCAGGCCAACGUGAGUGAUUUGUGGGGCCUGAUGAAGAACCCUGCCCAGUGCCAGUCACACAAAGAACAUUAUUGGAGCGAAGUUCAAAGCUGACUUGCUUGCUUUUUCUGAAAAAAUGAAAAUGUCAGCAACUACAAUGUAUAUCUUGCAGUAGGUUUGCUGUUCCUUCCAGUCUGCUGAAAUAUGGGUAGAAAGCUUCUAACUCACUGCUUUGCUCCAAGGACGACUGGAAUGUGAACAGGUAUUUGCAGCCAUGCUUGUGUUCCCAGGAUGUUCAGAGUUGCAAAGUGUGUAGCAAGCUGCCUUAUGGUCAGGUGUGGCUGAAGCCCAGUUCUCCUACAACCAACAGACUUGCCUUAGCUGCUCUAAGUACUGUGACAGAGGAACUCCAUUCUCCUAGAAGAGGGGAUGGCAAAGGACUGCUUGGUGGCUCUCUGCUUGCUUUGGUCACUGUGGAAAACAGGCCUGUUCUCCCAAAGCCUCCCUUUAGUUUCUUCCUGCUCUUUGCUAGAGCUUGCUUUUUGUAACUGGAUUUCUAGUUCUGAUGUCAGGGCUUUCCUUGUCAUGGAUUGUGGACUCAGCACAUGACAUUGAAAUAGUUUUUUACGUGUUGAAGGGAAAACGUGUGGGUAGAACCUGUGCCGAUGAGUGUCUGAGAGCCCAUAUUUUACUGGUUUAAUUAAAUGCAGCUGUUGCCAUCCUGUCUUCCAUUUCCUUUUACCACCAUGAAAGAAAAAUAUCCCUGUUACCCACCUCUCCACUCAGCUGAGUGAAUGAGUACCAGCUGUAGUUACUUGCUUUGGAUCUUGUAGAUGCUACAUCAGGCAUCCCUUCCUUUGGGGCUCUGGGAUCUCAUUCUUCGGACAUAUACAGAUAUAGUGCUGGGCAGAGGGUAGGACUUGAUCACCUUAGCCACAGAGUAGCCAAGCAUGGACUUGAGAAGAAGGUGCUGACCUUUGCUUUUCCGUCCCUGGCUAUCCAGUACCUACUGCAGUGCCUCUUCCCUGCAGGGCAGGGAUCCCUCAUGAAUUGGAGAAGGUGAUGCUGUGGGCUUUGUGGGCUGUGUGGCCCAGCUCAGCAGGGCAUAGGGUUAUGGUCCCUUUUGAAUUUGGAUGUGAAUCUCCUAAAGAUAUCAAGAACCUGUGAAACCCUUCUUCACUGCUUUCCUCUUUCUGAGAGGCAGACAAAUAAUACUUUGGGAGGUAUUUUGUUCUAGUGUUAAAUAGCAAACCACAAGCUACAUUUUUAUUUAUUACAUACAGGAAAAGUAAAUCUUUCUACACAACAAAAAGUCUAGAGUUGGAAACUCUGGGAAAAUUUACUGAGAUGCACAAAUGUUUCUCUGUAAUGUGCAAUAUGCUUGGCAACCAUAGAUGAUAUUUCAUGUUUAAUCUGUAAAUAAGAAAUGUAUUUAAAUUAAAUGGGAGAUUUUUGUAAAAGGACCAAAUGUUCUUUUAUAAAUGUACUAAGGAAGAUCUUGCUCUUUGAAAUUUAUUAGGAUUUUUAUGAAUAAUUUUAUUAAAAGAUUCUUUUUUUGA